AUGCUUGCCAGGGCACACUCUCUUUCCCUCCUCGCAGCCAUUGUCGCCUCCGGCGACCUAGCGACGGCUAUUCCACUCGAGUCAUCGCCGGCCGCUCUUACCACCCGAGACCUGCCCCGCCCACGCUUCGGAAGCGUCCCGUACGGCGUCGACAUCACUCACUGCACCGUCAACGGCAAGCUCGCUCUCAGCUUCGACGAUGGCCCCGGAGAAUACACCAGUGAGGUCCUAGACACGUUGGAGAAGAACGGCAACAUCAAGGCCACCUUUUUCCUCGUUGGCACCAACGGCGACAGCGGCAUCGCCAGUGGAACCUACACCUCCGAUCUGAAGCGCAUGUUGAGCGCCGGCCACCAGCUUGGUAGCCACUCCUGGAGCCAUAAGGACUUCACCACUAUCUCCAAAGACGAAAAGAUCCAGGAGGUCCUCCGGAACGAGGAAGUCUUUGCCGAGACCCUCGGUCUCAUUCCCACCUACUUCCGCCCGCCUUACACUCACUGUGAUAGUGAGUGUAUAUCCACGCUCAACGACCUGGCAUACCAUGUUACCGAUUAUAACCUCGACACCAAGGACUGGGUAGACAAUGGCGUCAACUCAAAGGCUAUUUUCUCCGGCGCUCUCAAUUCAGCCACCCCCGCCAGCUCCUCUUUCAUCAGCUUGGCCCACGACAUCCACGUUUUCACCGUCAAUGGCUUCGUGCAGUACAUGAUUGAUGUGGCAAAGGAGAAGGGCUUCGAGUUCACCACCAUUGGCGAGUGCCUCGGCGACCCGGCCUCGAACUGGUACCGCGACCCAAAGACCGGCGAGCCGUGGAGCGGAGUGAAGGAGGAGCCCAAGCCCACGACGACCAGCAGCAAGGAAGUCAUCGUUCCCACGACGACAUCGACAUCCAUCUCUAGCACAACGUCGGCGGCGGAGACUAAGACCUCCGCGGCGAGCUCCGAGUCCGAGACCGUCAAUAGCGCGUCUGAGACUAAGGAGCCCGAGAGCGAGACUGCCACGCCCACCGCCACCGCGACCGCCACCGCCGUUAGGCCUUCUAAUACUGCCUCCAAGACUGUUGACGGCGGUGCCAACAUUGGUAUCCCGGUGCCGCCUACCAGCACCACCACUUCUGUGAGACCUACCAGCACCAAUACCGUCGUCGAUGUCAACGCCGCUGGUCGCGCUGUCUUCUCUGUCGGUGGCGCUCUCGCCGGUGCUGUUGCAAUGGUGUUGAUGAUUUAA